CCGCGACAAAAGCAAGUCCCAGCAGCCAACAUCAUGCAGUUACGGAAGAAGGGUGGUGGCAAGAUGGAAGCGAACGAAAAAGAAGAGCGAACGUACAUGCACAACUCGAGUGGCACUAUGGUGUCGCUGUGGCUGAAAGUGAGCUGGAAGAAGCCACUGAGUCUCACGUAUGCCCAAGAGUCGUCAGAGAGUCCACACAUGGAGAAGACUCUGGGUUGCUUUGACUUGCUCAUGAUUGGAAUUGGCGGGACCGUCGGCAGUGGGGUGUUUGCAACUGCUGGAUUGGUACUUCAGCCCACCGCUAUGCGUAGCGGCAAUCGUAUUCUCAUCACGCGUAGAUUGCCAAGUCAUACGCCGGUCCUGCCGCCGUGCUGAGUUGGAUCUUGGCGGGGUUUGGUUGCAUCUUAAGCGGCGCCUCGUUCAUGGAACUCAGUGGCUUGAUCCCGUCCGCGGGUAGCACCUACGCGUAUGCGUAUCACUCGCUUGGAGAAAUGCCUGCCAUGGUUGCAGGCUGCCUUCUCACACUCGAGUAUGGCGUGGCCAGUGCGGGCGGCGCGCGCAGCUGGAGCGACAAGUUCGUCUCUUGGCUAGCUCAAGUGGGCAUCGAAGGACCUUCGUGGAUGAAGCCUAAGGAUAGCUCCGUCGAUUUGUACGCCGGCCUGCUCAUGUCCGUUUGCGUCGGCAUUGUUUUGUGCGGCAUGUCCGCUGGCAAGCAGCUCAUCAAUGUCGUGACAGUCACCAAGAUGUCUGUCGUGCUGUUUAUCAUCGUCGUUGGCCUCACCAAGUUUGAUGGGUCGAAAGUGGAUCCGUUCCUCGUCCCCGAGCACAUCAAUGCAGUAGAUCAAGUUGUGUUUGGAUGGCCUGGCGUGAUGCUGGGUGCCAGCGCUAGUUUCUAUGGCUACAUUGGCUACGACGAAGUGUGUUGUCUCGCUGCCGAAGCCAGAAACCCCACGCGAGAUAUUCCCCGAGCCGUCUUCGGGACGGUCAUCGGUGCCGCAUUCUUGUCCACGAUGGCCACUCUGUCCCUUGUCGGCAUGCAAAAGUUUACCGACAUCGACGUGGCAGAAUCGUACGGCACAGCAUUGCGCCACGUCGGGUACACCUGGGCGGCGCCAGUCGUCGAAACAGGCGAAGUGCUCACGAUGCCCGUGGGGAUCUUGAUUGGUUUUCUCGCGCAGCCCCGCGUUCAGUACGCCAUGUCAAAGGACGGACUCCUUCCUGCGUGCUUUUCGAAGUUGGAUGGCCACGGCAACCCGUUUUAUGGCACGCUGAUUGCUGGCUCCGUCCUCAUCGCGAUCGCCGUCUUCGUUCCAUUCAAGUACUUGUGGGAUUUCAUUUCGCUGGGGAUCUUGCUUGCAUUCAACCUGACCAACACGUGCCUCUUGGCCGUGCGGUAUCGUGCGUGCACGUUGUCCCCAACGCCGCUGAAUGCCCUACCCAAUCCUCCUGCUACCAUCAUCGCGGUCUUCCUCGUGACGAGCUGGCUGUCGGCGUAUCAUGUCCAAGAAAGCAUGCUAGCGCCACGGGCAUCGAGUGACAAGUCAUGGUAUCGCUGGUACAUGCACACGUAUGGCGCCGUCGGUGCGGCCGUGUUCACGAUUGCGUCUGGUCUGUGUGUGGCUGUCAUGGCAAAAGCAAGCAAAGCGGUGCAGCUUGCGCCAGAAGAAAGUCCUGGUGGGAACGACAAGCCCACGACUCCAUCGAAUGAAGCGUCGUUGAAUGAUGAAGUAAAGGACGACGACACGAAGCAAUAUCCCCGCGCCACACCGUUUCACGCGCCGUGCGUGCCGGUCUUCCCGUGCAUGGCGAUUUGGUUCAACUGGUUCCUCGCCAUUCAAAUCCCGUCGCUGAUGGUGUUUUUGAUGGGACUUUACAUCACAGUCGCGUGUGGAGUGUACGGCCUCUAUGGCCUUCGCGGCCACCACAGCUUGAGCAGUCGGCACAUCCGCCAGUACGACGCUGUUCCCGAAAGUCCAUAG